CUUGUCUAUCCCAUGCAUCGUUCACACGAGCUUCAAUCAGGAAUAGCCCCGCACCGCGCCAUCUUGCAUACAAAGGAAGUCUUUGUGACUGAGCCAGAGUGGUCCAUUGUGUCGAGCUCACGCCUGCUUCUUCCUUAUGCACGCAGCCCCAGCCAUUCUCAAAGCCAAGUGCGUGAGCUGGGAAAGUUAUUUCUACCACCUCCCCUCACCGAUCCUCACAUCUUCUUCUCUGCCAUAUCACACCGCCAGUUCCAAAUCUCUGAAGAUCCGGUGCCGUUGUGCUUUGCGGUCAAGAUACCGCAAUUCAUUCCUCACUGCCUCGCUCGAUGACCCCAUUUCCUCCCAGCACAGAAAAACUCGCCAGCUCCCACCUCUCGAAUUGACGGCUUACCCUCGAGUCCUGUACUCGAGCACACCAAAUCCAACUCACCAACUUUCGCGUUGCUCUCAAGAAAAAUCGCGCAGGAAAUCGCGAAGUCACACCACCGGCCCUCCACCCUGGCGAGCCUCCGCAAAACCGACAGGAUGCCCAACGACACGGCCAUCACUCGCCUGCUAUCGACUGGAACAAAGUAGCCCACGACCCGAUCCUCAGCCAAGAGAUCACAAACGGCCACGCGGCACGGAUGCGCUACAGCCGCUUCAAGAAGCAGAUGGACGGCACUGCCAGCGUGCGACGACCGCGUGGACCCAACUCGCCGCGCAAACCCAGAGUUGAGAAAUCCUCGAACAAAUCUCCGCGAAAGGGAAAAGGGAAGGCGAAGGACGAGGAGGAUGGGGAGGGCAGGGUGAAGGCUGAGCCUGGAAUGGGGAGCAGACAGGGGACGGUCGAGAGUGAGGAUGCGGGUGCGGAGGAGCGGAGGGAGAAGAGGAUCAAGCUUGAGCCAGGGCUGGGACUCGGCCUUGCUUCGGCUUCGCACUCGGAAAGCCAGCCAACGCCGAGAACGAUGCCGAAUACGCCUUCAAGAUCACGGUAUGUCAGAGAGGCGAGUGCGAGCCCGAGUCCUGGCCCGAGUGAGCGGUUCGAAGGUGGGGAUAUGAGUGAGAUGGAUGAGAUGGGCUUUUCGUUCGGGAUGCAUGGUGAGGAGGCGAU